AUGGGCAGCAGCCACGGCAGAGCUGCCUCCGCCGCCGCGAGCGCCGCGGGAGCCGCAAGCGCCGCGGGAGCCGCGGCCAAUGACCUGGCGCCGCGAUGGCUGAAGGCGGUGCGUUCGGCCGUGCCGCUGCCACCGGGCCAGGCGAGCGAGGGCUCGGUCUCGGCGGGGCGAGUGCUGCGGCCGGACAGCAGCCUGGUCUUCGCGCGCUGCGUCUUCACUUCGCCCUGCGCUCCCGAUGGGCCGGGAGUGGUGGUGGAGCGGGCGCUGGUGGACAGCGGCUCCUCCGACUGCGAGCUGCGGGAGGGGCUCCUGCGACGCCUGCCCAAGCUGCCGGUGGUGGCCCGAGCCGUGAUGUACGAGACCUCCACGGGUGGCGAGGCGUACGACGCCUAUGAGGUCAUCAUCACCGUGGAGGGCCGCCGCUGUGCAGCGGUGCUCACAGUGGUGCCGGAGGAGCGCUUCCAUGCGUGCGCUGAGGAGCCCUGCUCCGACGAGGCCCUCUUGGGGCACAUGGCGAUCGCUGCCCUGGGCUUGAUCGUGGACUGCCGCCCCCGAAAGCUUCAGACCGAGGUUGCUGCGGCUGCAUGCCAGGAGCUGCCAGAAGGGGACCUGGGCCAGUUGCAAGUCGCCAGCAGCCGGCCCUACGCGUGUGUGCGGCCGCCCAGCGUACAGGUGCUGCCCGUGCCGCUGGGCGGCGACCACUCCCCCCGCUGGCUGCCGGGCACGGGCUGCGCCAUGCCGCUGCUCCUCGAGGGCUUGGCCCCGGAGCCCCAGCAGUUGGCCGCAGCGCACGACUGCCACGGGCAGCCCACCGUGCCGGUGACCUAUGCCACGUGCGUGUUCUUGUCGCCGCUGGCGCCGGAGAAGCGCGUGGUGGUGCCAAUGGCGCUGGUGGACACGGGGUCCUCGGAUUGCGAGCUGCGGCAGGGGCUGUUGGACCGCCUGCGGCCGCUGCCGGUGGCGGCGCGGGGCGUGGUCUACGAGACCGUGGCCGGGCGCCACGUCUUCGACUCCCUCGAGGUGCUGGUGGCCAUCGAGGGCCGGCUCUGCGCGGCCUGCGUCACCGGGAUCCCGGAGGAGCGCUUCCUGCCGGGCGCAGAGGACCCGGCCUCGGACGAGGCGGUGCUGGGCCUGGCGUCGCUCAGCGCGCUGAAGCUGGUGGUGCGCUGCCCGGAGCGCCGCGUGGUGGUGCUGCGGUCAGCGGCCGCCAAUUCCAGCGUUGCAGAUAUCACGCACCGCGUUCCCUUCGACGACGUCGCGAAGAAGGUGGCGAGCGGCUCGAUUCUGUCCCUGGUGCCGAACAGCAUCAUGGAGCAGGCGAGCUUUGAUGAGUACAACAAGUACUUCAGAAGCAAGAGCCGCGCUGGCGUCGCCCGACUCGAUGGGUCCCUGGCGCUGUACGUGAUGCCCUGUGGUGAGGACAUCCCAGCGUUGAGAGACUCGCUCUACGCCCUGGGGCCGCACAUUCCGCGGGCUGGAUGCCUCAUAGGCCUCAUUGGCCCUGGCACAGCAGCGGUGAACGCUCCGGCCAAGCCAGUGAAGCAGGUGGGUUCUUUGCCGCUUCGGCUCACAGCGGGAAGGCCUCCUUGGGCCGCCCUGGCCAUGCUGUGCCCCAAAGACUGGCUGCCGGAGGGCUUCGACCGCGCGGGCAAGGACUACUGCGUUUGCUUCCUGCAGCACUCGCGGCGCGGCGCCUUCCCCGGUGGGCCUCUGACUUUAGCCGACCGGGCGCUGGCGCGGAGCGACGACCGUGAGGGGGAGGUCUUCCUGGGCCUCCGCAUCUGCGCGCUGCGCCGGGGCUUCGAGGCCACGGGCAUGAUGCUGGCGGCCAACGCGCCCCCCAGCUUCGCGCGCAGGGAGCUGCAGAAGAUCUUGCUGCGGGAGGGCCCCUUGGCUUUCCACGCCUUCUUGGACGAUUGGGGCAUUCGGCUGCGGCCCUUCGAGUUGCUGGAGCUGUCGUGGCUUCUGAGCUCUGCCUCGCCGCUCGGGGAGGAGCACAUCUUCCUGGCGCAGGUUCCCGAUGCGGAGGAGGCUGCCUGGGCGGCGGGGGGCGAAAACGUGCGCCUGCGCUGGGCCACACCCAGCCGGCUGCUGCAGAUGCAUUCGCGCCAGGAGGUGGAGCUGACGCUGGCGCAGUGGUAUGUGUUGCACGAGCUGGCUUCGUGCCUCCCACGGCUGGUGGGCUUGCCGGAGCUUCAAAGAGCCAACGACGGCCCCUCCUGCCUGUGGACGGCCAAAGCGCUGAAACUGGUGCCCGCGAAGUCCGGGCCCAAAUGCUUGCUGCUGCCUGGGGACGAGGAGCACCCCGAGUGCCCUGGCGCCAAGGGCCAACGCCACCGCUUCCGCCUGCGCGCGGGCUCCGAGGCGGUUCGGAGUUUGGAGCGCUCCCGGCUUUGA